AUGAGCGUGGGUGUGGCCAACACCCUGAACGCUGUCGGAUGCAGAUUCCUCCUUCGCUUUCAACCUCGCUAUUGUUGCUCAACCGCCAAGCCUGCCCAGACUCUUGCCUUCGUUCCAGCCAGUCCUCCCCCAGAACCACUGGAAGUGAAGAAGCUGCAAGACUUCGUUUCUUCCUCCCAGAGGUUGUUUGUGAUCACCGGAGCUGGAAUUUCCACUGAGUCUGGAAUCCCAGACUAUCGCUCGGAAGGGGUGGGCCUUUACGCCCGGACAGAUAGGCGGCCCAUCCAGCAUGCUGAGUUUCUGCGAAGCUCCCGGGCCCGCCAGAGGUACUGGGCCAGGAACUUUGUGGGCUGGCCACAGUUUUCUUCUUAUCAGCCCAACGUGGCACACCUGGCCCUGAAGAAGUGGGAGACACUAGGGAAGCUGCACUGGUUAGUGACUCAGAACGUGGAUGCCCUUCAUGUGAAGGCCGGAAGUCAGCGGCUGACAGAGCUACAUGGCAGCACGCAUAGGGUGUUAUGCCUCAGCUGUGGAGACCAGACGCCCCGAGCUGAGCUCCAGGAGCGCUUUGAAAUCUUGAACCCCACGUGGAGAGCUGAAGCACAUGGGGUAGCUCCUGAUGGGGAUGUCUUCUUGACAGACAAGCAGGUGCAGAAUUUCCAUGUCCCCUCCUGCAAUAAGUGUGGCGGCCACCUCAAGCCAGAUGUGACAUUCUUCGGGGAUACAGUCAGCAGGGAGAAAGUGGACUUUGUGUACCAGCGACUUGCAGAAUCAGACUCUGUCCUUGUGGCAGGAUCUUCAUUGCAGGUGUACUCAGCUUACAAAUUUGCCCUUGCGGCCCAUGGCAGGAAGCUACCGAUCGCAAUAGUUAACAUUGGCCCCACAAGGUCAGAUCACCUUGUGUUUCUGAAGCUGAAUUCUCGUUGUGGAGAGCUGCUGCCCUUGAUUGUCUUACAGUGACUCAAAUCCACAUCCAGAGCAGCAAAGAU